AUAUCAAUUUCAUUUUUCACUUGGUAACCGCUGCAUGUCAAUUAUCAACCAGUUUGUGCAUGGAUUCAGCUAACCAAAACCUAGUAUAAAGGAUGAAAGUACCCUUUUAAUUUCUCGUGGCGUGUCGUAUCGAGAUUGGAUAUGGUGGAUUAAACAGUAAACAGAUGCCAAGUUUGGUGUAUUAAAGCCUUUUUAUUACAAGAAUAAUAAUGUCCAUGCCAACACUAUGCAACCAUUUCUUCAGCAGCCUCUCUCUCAAGAAAAAUAACCACAAGCUGUAUGAUGUUCUUCCCUGGUAAACUUUCAGAAUCCAAACCAAAAACAUUCUCAGUUUCUUCAGUGAAUUAAUCGUGACAAGUAGCAGCAAUGGAAAGCACCGACUCCUCCACCGUCUCGCAGCGGCCGAACCUCCCACCAGGGUUCAGGUUCCACCCCACGGAUGAAGAGCUAGUCGUCCACUAUCUCAAGAAAAAGGCUACCUCAGCCCCUCUACCGGUUGCAAUAAUUGCAGAAGUUGAUUUGUAUAAGUUUGAUCCAUGGGAAUUACCAGCUAAGGCUACGUUUGGCGAGCGUGAAUGGUACUUCUUUAGCCCUAGAGACAGGAAGUAUCCGAACGGAGCGAGGCCUAACAGGGCGGCAACUUCGGGUUAUUGGAAGGCUACCGGAACCGAUAAGCCGGUAUUAAACUCGAAAGGGACACAAAAGGUUGGUGUGAAGAAGGCACUGGUUUUCUAUGGAGGGAAGCCUCCUAAAGGGAUCAAAACAAAUUGGAUCAUGCAUGAAUAUAGGCUUCCUGAUAAUAAGAAUAACAACAAACCCCCUGGAUGUGACUUGGGAUACAAGAAAAACUCACUAAGGCUUGAUGAUUGGGUGCUAUGUAGAAUCUACAAGAAAAACAACACAAAUAGACCCUUGGGAUAUGAAAAAGAUGAGGCCAUGGAUGAUAUGGGUGGGCCAGUACCAACUUCAAUGUCAAUUGGCAGUCUUCAGUUCCAGACAAAGGGCACAAGUUGUGGAACAUUUCUUGAAAAUCAUGAACAUAACCUGUUUGAUGGAAUGCUGGGGAGUGAUGGGAUGAAUAACAAUGGUUCGAUGUCUCACUUAGGACGUUGUUCAAGCUCAAAGCCAGACCUGUCUAUGGUUAACCCUCUCAAAAGAAGUACCGUCCCAUCGCUUUACUGGACCGAUGAGGAUACAGCCAGUCCUUCAACAAGCAAGACAUUUCAUGGGGAUCAUAGCAAUGAUGGAAGCCUGGAAAAACCAGACACAAAUGGCUCAAAUUCAAUUGCAACCCUGCUUAGCCAGCUUCCUCAAACCCCUCACCUGCAACAACAAACAAUGGUAGGGUCAAUGGAGGAUGGGAUUUUUCGACCUUCAUAUCAACUUCCAGGCCUCAACUGGUACACUCUUAAUUGAAUUUUCAGGUACUGGGGUAUUCUGUAGGUUUACCAUUUUUAUGCCCUUGAAGAAAAUAUUCCAAAUUUUCAACUAGCUUAGGGAACUUUCAUCAGUGUCAUGUUUUACCUACUUGUUGGUAGGGAAAGAGAUCGAUGAGCCAAAGUUUCAACUCUUGAGCCAUAGAUACAGUUAAAUUUUUAUUAAUAUCUAGUGUUAUACAUAUACAUAUAGUUUGAUGUAGAAAAGAAAAAGAAUAAAACUGAUAGAUAAUAUAUAUGUAUAGAUGUAUAUAUACUAUAUUAUAUUUAAUUUGCUUUAGGAAUAACAGUGAAAUAUUGUAUAGAAAUCCUUCUUGUUGUAGAAUCUUAUUAUUAAUGAUGAUGCACAGUUUUAGGAAUAUAAUGGUUAUGGUUGGUUUACAUCAAA